UGGGUGGACGCGUGGACUUCGAGGACUUUGUGCAGAUGAUGGGCCCGAAGCUGCGGGAGGAGACGGCUCACAUGGUGGGCGUGAAGGAGCUGAAGAUCGCCUUCCGUGAGUUCGACAUGAACGGGGACGGGGAGAUCAGCAGCGCCGAGAUGCGCGAGGCCAUCGCGGCCCUGCUGGGGGAGCAGCUGAAGGCCCAGGAGGUGGAUGAGAUCCUGCAGGACGUGGACCUGAACGGGGACGGGCGCGUGGACUUCGACGAGUUCGUGAUGAUGUUGUCAUCGCGGUGA